AUGAUGAAUUCUGUUAUGCCUGAUGUUUUAAAAGAAGGGGCCCAAGAAGAUAAGGGAGAAAUUGCGAGACUACAAUAUUUUGUAGGUGCUAUCGCCGUAGGAGAUUUAGUUAAGAGUACAUUAGGUCCUAGAGGUUUAGAUAAAAUAUUAACACCUUUAAAUAUUGAAGGUACUAGAUCUCAUCAACAUACUGUUACAAAUGAUGGAGCAACAAUAUUAAAAUCAGUGUGGUUAGAUAAUCCUGUUUCUAAAAUAUUAGUAGAUGUAAGUAUGCAACAAGAUAAUAAAUGUGGUGAUGGUACUACUGGUGUUGUUGUAUUAGCUGCAGAAAUGUUAAGAAAUGCAGAAAUAUUAGUUGAAAAUAAAAUUCAUCCUCAAAUAAUAUGUGAUGGAUUUCGUAUGGCAUUAGCUUCUGCAAGAGAAGCUUUAUUAGAUUCAUGUUUUUCUCAUGAUAUCAAUUCUGAUUUAUUUAAAGAAGAUAUGUUAAAAAUAGCUAGAACUACAUUAUCUUCGAAAUUAUUGACACAUGAAAAGGAACAUUUUGCCCAACUAGCUGUAAAUGCAAUAUUAAGAAUAAAAGAUAAUUUAAAUUUAGAUUUAAUACAAAUAAUAAAAAAAACGGGGGGUACAAUUAAAGAUUCAUAUUUAGAAGAAGGAUUUAUUUUAGAAAAAAGAAUAGGAAUCAAUCAACCUAAAAGUUUAACUAAUUGUAAAGUUAUGGUUGCUAAUACUCCUAUGGAUACUGAUAAGAUAAAAAUUUAUGGGACGAAAGUAAAUGUACAUAGUUUUGAAGAUGUUCAAGAUUUAGAAAAUGAAGAAAGAUUAAAAAUGAAAAAUAAAGUUGAAAAUAUAAUAUCUCAUGGAUGUAAUGUUUUUAUAAAUAGACAGUUGAUAUAUAAUUACCCAGAACAAAUUUUUAGAGAAAAUAAUGUCAUGACAAUUGAACAUAGUGAUUUUGAUGGCAUGGAAAGAUUAGCUAAUUGUUUAGAUGCUGAAAUUGCAUCUACAUUUGAAAAGGGAUUAAAUAUAAAAUUAGGAUAUUGUGAUAAAAUAGAAGAAAUUAUAAUAGGAGAAGAUAAAUUAGUACGUUUUUCAGGUUGUAAAAAAAAUGGAGCUUGUACUAUAAUUUUAAGAGGAGCAUCAACACAUAUACUAGAAGAAAGUGAACGUUCAUUACAUGAUGCAUUGGCAGUAUUAUCAGAAACCAUGAAAGAUAAUCGUGUUGUGCUAGGAGCUGGGUGUGCUGAAAUGUUAAUGAGUAAUGCAGUAGAUAAUUUAGCAAGAACAGUUGAAGGAAAAAAAAGUUUAGCUAUAGAAGCAUAUGCAAAAGCAUUAAGACAAAUACCAACAUAUAUUCUAGAUAAUGGUGGUUUUGAUAGUUCAGAAAUUGUAAGUAAAAUUCGAGCACAACAUACUAAAGGCAAUAAAUAUGCAGGUAUAGAUAUUGAGAAAGGAGAUGUAGGAAAUAUUAUGGAAUUGGGCAUAUAUGAAUCAUAUAAUUCAAAAUUAUCACAGCUAACAUCAGCAACUGAAGCAGUAGAAAUGAUUUUAAGAGUGGAUGAUAUAAUUAAAUGUGCACCAAGAAAAAGAACAGGAAUGUAA